ACUAACUGGCGAUCCUCCCCUCCUCGUCCGCCUCUCUCCUCCUCUUCUUCCACACCUCACACUUCCUCGCUCUCUCAACACUUCAAUCAUAUACAUCCUGCCUCUCUCGUUCUCUGCAUCUCUUCUGCAGCAUUCAUCUGGUCUGCGCCAGAGGGAAGAACCAACACAGCAAAACUCCCUCAAAAGAAAAAAAAAAAGAGUGAAGGUGACCAAAAGACAAAUAUAGAGCAAAAGAAGUCCCAGGACUUCUUUUCUGUUCAAACAAGCAGAAACAGUGGGCAUCUGCAGCGUGCUUUCUGGCCGCCGUUUGAGUCCCGGGUCUAUCAUACAGCACCAGUGCCUCCAGCAGCAGUGCUUCUUCGACACCCAUUGUACCAGCGUGGUUCUGGGGUCCUUUGGCUUGCGUCUCGCUCUUUAAGACGCCCAACCCUUAAUCCCUCCAAGCUCAUCAUCGGUAUGCAUACUCUGUCCAAAAAGCAAAGAGAAGAAGAAAAGAAAAGAAGCGGCGGAGAGAAGAGAGCAGCAGCAAGGGGACGCAGAGAAAGAAAACUUUAA